CGGUUAUGGCCCAGCUAUUAAAAAUGCAGGUUUGAAAUCCCAUUCUUGCCAUUCCUACGGCAUGCAGGGUUCCUCCAAAAUCUUCCGUGGACACACGAUCGGAAAGUGAACGUGGGAAGCAUGAAAGGAGGAAGAGCCACGCUCGCUCCACUUUAAAGCUGGCAAAUGAAUUUCCCGUUUUCUGGACCCGAGGAAGGAAAUGCAGAAGCGAAGCACGACUAGAGGUAGUGAGUUGCUUCUUGCCUGCCUUGGUCCCAGACCGGGAAGAACAAGAGAGUGGAUAAGCGUGCUUACAUUGCGAAAAACGAAGAACCUCAGCUUCGGGCUAUUGAUACGGGAAGUGCGGGGUUGAGGGGGGGGGAGAGGAAAGACAAGGAACCACCCAGGCAGACUGACAUCCCCCCCCCCCCUCAACAGCGGGCAGCUGAAAAACGAGAACCGGAGUCCAUUGCAAGCCCUGCGGCGAGGACGACACAGGCUUAGCUAUGGCUUCUCCUGCUACGAGCCGUAGAAGGCAGGCUACACACCCAGAAGGAGGCCGUCCAUGUCAAAGAUGAGGUAUCUUUGAAAUAAUCUCACUUGAAAGAGUGGAAUGAUGUUUCUUCUACUUUCGAUGCUUUAUCUGUGUCCAACAAGCAAUGCUAUAAAUGAAAAGAUUUCAGAGCCAAAUGUUAUCCUAUUCAUGGCUGAUGACCUUGGCAUCGGAGACUUGGGAUGCUAUGGAAACACAACUCUAAGAACUCCCAAUAUUGACAAAUUAGCUAAAGGAGGUGUAAAGCUGACACAACACAUUGCAGCCUCACCUCUGUGCACCCCCAGCAGAGCUGCAUUUUUGACAGGCCGGUAUGCUGUCAGAUCAGGAAUGACUAGCUUGCAUCGAACAGGAGUGUUCCUGUUUUCUGCCUCUUCUGGUGGACUGCCUACAGAAGAAAUAACAUUUGCAAAACUUCUGCAGCAAAAGGGUUAUGCCACUGCUCUUAUUGGCAAAUGGCAUCUUGGGAUCAAUUGCAACAGCAGUGAUGAUUUCUGUCACCAUCCCUUAAGCCAUGGAUUUGAUUAUUUCUAUGGGAUUCCUGUGAACAAUUUAAGAGACUGUAAACCUGGGCAAGGAAGCGUGUUUAAAAAGGGCUGUGAAAUGUACAUUCCUGCAGUGCUCCAGAGCGCUGGGAUUGCUCUCGUCUCUUUGGCUGUUCUGCACUAUAUAGGUCUCCUCAGGGUUCCUCACAGAGCACUGGGCUGUUUUUUCUUAAUCGCUGCAGUUUUAAUCGGAAUCUGGUUCUUCUUCUUAUAUACUUUCCGGCAUCUCAACUGUUUUUUGAUGAGAAAUUACAGUAUCAUCCAGCAACCCUGGAAGUAUGAGAACAUGACUCAAAGAUUUACAGAAGAAGCCAAAAGGUUUAUACAAAGGAACACGGAUGCACCAUUUCUUCUUUUUGUGGCUUAUCCUCAGGUACAUACAGCACUUUUUGCAUCCCAGACAUUCAGAGGAAAGAGCAAACAUGGAUUGUAUGGGGAUGCUGUGGAAGAAAUGGACUGGAGUAUAGGACAAAUUCUCCAGGCACUAGAUCAAUGGAACUUAAGUGCAAAGACUCUUGUGUAUUUCACUUCUGAUCAAGGGGCCCAUGUUGAAGAAGUGUCAAGCAAUGGAGAAGUCAAUGGUGGCUAUAAUGGAAUAUAUAAAGGUGGAAAAGCUACAAAUUGGGAAGGUGGGAUUCGAGUUCCUGGUCUUUUCCGUUGGCCUGGAGUGGUUCAGCCUGAUGUACAAAUCCAUGAGCCAACCAGUAAUAUGGAUAUAUUCAGCACAGUAGUUAAACUGGCUGGAGCACAGCUGCCUAAUGACAGAAUUAUUGAUGGCCGUGAUCUGAUGCCCUUGCUUCAAGGCACAACUCUUCAAUCCAAGCAUGAAUUUCUCUUCCAUUACUGUAAUGCAUAUUUAAAUGCAGUGCGCUGGCAUCCAAGAAACAGUGAAUCGAUUUGGAAGGCUUUUUUCUUCACUCCGAGGUUCAGUCCUGAAGAGUCCAAUGGUUGCUUUCACUCUCAUGUCUGCUUUUGUCACGGAGGCUUUGUUGUGCAUCAUGACCCACCGUUACUUUUCGAUCUCUCCAAAGACCCAGAAGAAAAAAAUCCACUAACUCCAGAAACAGAGAGUCGCUUCUAUGAAAUCCUUCAAGUCAUUCAGCAAGCAGUGAACAACCAUACCAAGUCACUGCCUGCUGUUCCCAACCAGCUUUCCCUGGGCAAUAUUAUAUGGAAACCGUGGCUUCAACCAUGUUGCUCUUCCUUCCUCAAGUUAUGCCAAUGUGAUUAUGAGACAUAAGAGGACAGAUAUUUGCUGGAAGCAUGGCAUCACUAAUCUAUAAUCACACACAAAUGGAUAGAUAGACAGAACAACACAGGAUAAAGUAUCAAAAUUUAAUGAGAAACAUUUCAUAGAGGCCAUAUGGAGAAAUGACCUUUCUAAAACAUUUGUAGCCAUUUUGCUGAAAUACAGUGAAGAAAAAAGUGUUUCAUGAACUCACAGGUGUGAGUAUUACCUUGAACACACUUUUUUCAAAGCAGUCUUUGAAGCACACCCUUUUUUGGCAGAUCUUGUCCCACAGAUAAUAGCUAUAUACAUAGAAAUUUUCAACAACAUUGUUGCUUACGUGAGUUUUCUGCAAGAGAAAUGCUGGAAGACAGUAAAAUAAGGUCCAACUCCAGGCUUUAUGGCAUGUGUUCUGCAUCAACAUGAUCUGACUAAUAGGUUGGAAAAAGAUAUCCCUUACAGCCAGGGUGGGUAAACUGGUGCCCACCAGAUUUUGUUGGCUGGCAGUUCCCAACAGCCUAACCAGCAUAGCCAAUGGAGAGCCACGCUGAGAGUAGAGUGUUGUAAAAUAUACAAUCUACUCUAUAUAAACGAAUUCUUUGUUUUCAUCCAGUUAACCUAUCUUGACAAGACAGAACAUGAAAUUUUAACAUCCCAGGAGAAUCCUAACAUAACAGGUGUCCUACAUUUUCAUGUCAAUAUGUCCAUCAUUUGUGCAAAUGCUCUCUGUGCAAGCUACUGUCCUUUUCUGUUGAAAAACAAGACACGUGUAUGGCAAGCCCUGGACAACUUGUGGCCUAUUUAAAAGGGGGGGGGAUGCAAAUAUUCCCUCUGAGUCUUCUAAUCCUUACAAAGUCCAGGCAACAAAGCAGCAGCCAUCACCAUAUUAGUUCCUUGCAUGAGUUGUCAUAAGCAUUAUCUGGCUUAAAGCUUUCUGGUUGCUGUUUCGCAGAAUUUGCCAAAACUAAGACAUAAAAUUCCUAUCUUCACUCUCUUCUUUUGUCAAGAACAUUACAAAAUACCUCUCUGUCCAACAGGAUUAGGAAAAUAAUUUUCCUCACCCUUUACACUUGUAUGCAAGAAAGGGCAAAUGCACAUUUUCAUCCCUAACUGUGAGCUGACAUUCUACAACAUCUGUAGGACCAUCCUUGGUUUACACUCUGUCAACUGCAAUGCAUAUUAAAAUAAUCAAAAAAGGCAAGCAUGCGUCCUGCCAGACCCUCCUCCUGAAAUUCCCAUCAAAAAUUCCAGAGCUGCACUGCCUCCUCCCACAUCUCCCCUUUAUCUGAUGUGGUUGACAACAACCAUGAGCCCUGCAACUUCCACCAUCUUAUUCCCAUAAUCACACCUUUUUCCAGCUGUCCUGCAUUAGGCAGCGGCCCUUCCUCCACCUCCUGCAGUGCAUCCCUGACAACUAAGGGAAUGGGAGAUUCGCUUUAUCCUAGGCUCCCCUUGGGUUGUAGGACAGGGUCAGACAGCCAACUGGGGCACUUGAGGUGACCUUCUCACACCAAGUCACCUAGAUUUCCAUCUUCAUUACAACCAUACCAUCUCCUUUUCAUCAAGUUGGUGCCACACAAGAGCAUCUCAUAUUGUACAUUGGGCUGCCCCAAACAUUUUAAGACUGAAAAAUGUCUCUCCUCCCAGUUGCAUGGAUAGAAACUGAAUCCUCUGGCAGUUAAAUCAUGACAAAGAGUUCCUUCACCACACCCGAGAUCAGCAGGUUAGCUUCAGGGAGUGCUGCACACAGGUAGGUUGGAUCCAGGAUCUGCCUUCCAUUGGCAGAAGGGGCUCUGCAUUAUUUGGAUAUCUCCUUCCUCCUGCACAGUGGUUUACCCCAUUCUGUACUGUCUACUAGCCUGCCUUGUCUUAUUUUUAGAAAGCUGGAGAGGUUGUUGUGGUGAGGAAGGUAUGGAAAGUCCAUCCAAAUCAGGAUCCACUUCAUACCUAUGUCUUCCAGCACCUUGCCAACAUCUCUCAUCUCCUCUGUCUUGUCUGAGAGAGAUUUCUUUUCUCAGUUUGGAAAACUAAGGGAAAAUAUCAACAUAUGGAUAUGAUGCAUAGCAUCUCAUGAGAUGACUGCAUUCAUUGACAAGCAGCUGAUAGUAUUAAUUAUUCAUGGCAUCUUUGAACAACGGUGCAACAAUACUGAUGUACUUUAUGUUGUAGCAUGAGACAUGAUGCAUUUUGAUAAGCGCAAGUUUUAAUGUAGUGUCAAAACUCAUACUUAUUUGCUCGCUACUUAUCUAUGACAACCAAAUUAGUCAAACAAUUGGAUCCUACUUCAAGGCCUGAUGUUUUGGGGAAAACAAUUAAGUUUUUGGGACACAGCAAAUCCUGAGCUCAUUUAGAUGUCAAUCCCACUAUCAAUGUUUAGAAUAUUAAAGGGUUAGUUGAACAUACAAUAUACUGAACUGUAAUUACUGUUAUUGUUCACUCUUACAUAAAGAAAAAAGUAAUAAGUAAGUUUUAAUGAAGUCUAUGCAUGCAACUGUUAAUUACUCAAAGUUCACUGCUAUAUCAUAAUGCACUGAGAGAUUUUGUGGUCCGCAAGGUGAUAAUGAAAUCUCUGGCAGUGAACAUCUAAGCUCUCCUAGCACUUUACAGAAGAACAGGGUGAUCAACCCUGCUCUGAUUUAUGGUAAGGGCAGUGAAGAAAGGUUUAGGAAAAGGAUGAGGCCAAAACCUAUAGAAAGCAAUUGAACAUGAAAUCAGGAAAACCCAAGAAACAGAAGUUGAUAGAGGGAUUUGUACAGGGGAGUGAAAAUAGGAACAUAGGAAGAUGUUGUUUUGGUCUAGCUAGAUUGGGAUUUUUGCACUGUCUAGAAGUGGCUUUCUAUGGCCUAGAUGUCAUUGUGUCAAUGUAUUUGUGCAACAGACUGUAGCACAGAAUAUUUUAGCCACCAACUCACUGACCCACCCAAGAGACAGGUAGAACACAUUACAGUAGUGCAAACGGGGUGUAACUAAGACAAACGUCACUGUGGCCAGAUCAGACCUUUCAAUGGAUAUGAGUAAUUAUUAUUAUUAUUUGUUCUUCAGAUCAAGUUUAUUGUAUUAGCUAAAAGCCCUCACAAUUAUUGAAUACAGAAAUGGCCAGAUAAAAACAUGAUAAAAACCGUCGCAAUUGUUUUAAAUACAGAAAUGGUCAAGUAUAAUCAU